GUCAGGGGUAACGGGAAGCGAAGCGGCCUGCGGUGCAGCUUGGAGCCUCAGCAGAGCAGCCAAGGGGGAUUAACGGAGCAGGGUAAGACCAGACCCGGACUGACCGCGGGGAAACCCGGGGCCGGUACUGGCAGACAUGCAUUGAGCCCACCCAUGGCACAGUCAGUAAUCUCAGCCAUGGCUGCCACUGGGAUGCUGUGUUCAGGGGAAGAUUUGCAGGUCCAUCAUGUUCCCCUGGACACAUCUCACUCAUUACUGUCGAUGUGCAGAACAUGACAAGUGUAUUCCUGCAGUAUGCACUGUUCAUAUGCUGCAUCCUUGAUUAAUGACAUGGGUGUCAUCCAGCAGCAUGUGAAUUCUACAUACUGCUCACCCUACAUGCUGCCCACCCUACAUGCUGCCCACCCUACAUGCUGCCCGCCCUACAUGCUGCCCGUCCUACAUGCUGCCCACCCUACAUACUGCUCACCCUACAUACUGCUCACCCUACAUGCUGCCCACCCUACAUACUGCUCACCCUACAUGCUGCCCGCCCUACAUGCUGCCCGCCCUACAUGCUGCCCGCCCUACACGCUGCCCGCCCUACACGCUGCCCGCCCUACACGCUGCUCACCCUACACGCUGCUCACCCUACACGCUGCUCACCCUACACGCUGCCCGCCCUACAUACUGCCCAUCAUACAUACUGCCCACCCUACAUACUGCCCAUCAUACAUACUGCCCAUGCUACAUACUGCCCAUCCUACAUACUGCUCACCCUACAUACUGCCCAUCCUACAUACUGCCCCCCUACAUACUGCCCAUCCUACAUACUGCCCAUCCUACAUACUGCCCACCCUACAUACUGCCCAUCCUACAUACUGCUCACCCUACAUACUGCCCCCCUACAUACUGCCCACCCUACAUACUGCCCACCCUACAUACUGCCCACCCUACAUACGGCCCACCCUACAUACGGCCCACCCUACACGCUGCCCACCCUACACGCUGCCCACCCUACACGCUGCCCACCCUACACACUGCCCACCCUACACGCUGCCCGUCCUAUAUACUGCCCAUUCUACAUGUUGCCCAUCCUAUAUACAGCCCAUCCUACAUACUGCCCAUCCUAUAUACCAUCCUAGAUGCUGCCCAUCCUACAUACCACCCAUUCUACAUACCACCCUUCCUCCAUACUGCCCAUUCUACAUACUGCCUAUCCUACAUAUUAUUAUUAUUAUUAUUAUUAUUAUUAUUAGUAGUAGUAGUAGUAGUAGUAGUAGUAGUAUUUAUAUAGUGCCAGCUUAUUCUGCAGCGCUUUACAAUAAUAAUGGAAUUUACCAAAUGAGACAAUAACAAAAUGUAACAGGAACAAUAGGUAGUUGAGGACCCUGCUGAAAUGAGCUUACAGUCUAGAGGAGACUGCCCAUUCUACACGUGCUGCCCCUCUAUGUGUAUAAGUGCUGGGUGUCCAGGAUUACAUGAUGGGUCUAGCUGCCCUAACUAGGCUAGGGAUGGCCAAUAGGUAACCGCCCACUGCUGUCUUAGAAUUACAACCCCUAUGAUAGUCCGCCAGUCAUACGUCCUAUAGUGUCUUCAAGGGGGGCAAACUGAUCUGAAACUGAAAAUUAAUAGGGGCGGACCUUGUUUAGGCUAACCUUACAUCAGUGACCACUAAAAUAAGGCUUGGUCAUUUUGUAUAAUCUGUCACUACCAUCUGCCACUACCAUCUAAAAAAAAUGCAUGGGUCACAUAAAGAAAAUAUGUUUAUAUUUUGUAAUCUCCCCGUUUUGGAUAAAUUUCACAUAAUGACAAAAUUUGUUAGAUUAGUUUUAUCUCUUCUUGUGCUGCUGCAGAAAUAAAAACCCUGAUAAGCUGCUAAAUUUUUGUAUUACAUUUUUAUUACUGUCUGAUAUUAAAUACAAAGCCAGGUAAGUAAGAUUAAAUUAAAUACAUCUAUAACUGUGAUGCUAUCUAACAUGAGUGUUUAAGUCGUAGUUCUUUCCUGACUGUUCUUCUGGGAUUCCCCUAUCAGUAAUGGACUCACAUACACAUGUUCUGCCAUAAAAAAAAAUCCAGAAGCACUUUGGCAGCAAGUAUGCAAACAGAUGUCCACAGAUACAGAGAUAUAUGCACACUGACAGAUAUACACACACACAAUUAAAGAAUGAAAACACAUAUUUCUAGGCACCUUUCUGUGGGCCCUGGACCAGUGACAUUGGCUGUACCCCUGGCUGCUGGGACAUGAACUCAAAACAUGGAACUCUCACAGCAAAUUUGAGACAGUUAUCAAUUAUGCAAAUAUAGAACAGAAGAAUAUUCAAACAAUGAUAACUGAUUUCUGUUUGUAAAAAAAGGUUGGUCCAUGAUAGAGAGAGCAUCUCACAAUGGCUGUGUACUUUGACCAUCGAAUAGAGCCUCAGGAUGCUGAAUCAUCUCCAUCCAAUAUCUCCUGGCACCGUCACCAUGCAAUGCUGGCUGUGGCCUCCAGUUCAACAGCCGGGGGCCGUGUAGAUAUAUACAGUGAAUUGGUAAGAUGUUUUUACAUUUCCAAGAUAGAGCUUAAUAAAAACUAUGCGUAUUUCUACAUUUUAAUUGUAUUUUGUCAUACCUCACAAACACAUAUUUGCUAAAUAUAGGAGAUAAGUAAAUAUACUAUUUUCCCCUUUGAGUUGCAAUAAAGACUUUUCCCCCCCUCAUUCUAGAAAUUAUCUUUAAUCUAGAUUACGAUGUUCCACCGCACCAUCUCCAGUAGUUUACACCUGGCUUUCAGAGUCCACGCACACUUGUGCAUCCUAAUCUCUUAGUGUGCCGUGACAUUUGGAAAUCAAUAAACCAAUCUAAUUUUCUUUUUAAGGUUUGACCUAUUUAUAGCUUCAUAGAAAACAGUAUAAUUUUAAUGAUCCUUACCUCCAAGGAAUCACAUUCCUGCUUUGGGACCCCCUUCCUACUUUGGCGACCUCUAAGACCUUUUAGAGUUUUUAAAGGGAAACUCGAAGCGAUAUAACCACUACAGUUCAUUGCGCAUGUUAUAGUUUGAAGAGCCUUUAGGUUUUUUGUUUAUUUUUCUCCCACCCAGCACCUAAAGACCAGCCUCUCACAUGGAGCUCUGAUAAUGUGGACAUUAUUCUUCUGCAUUACCAUUCCAACUUGGAUGGCUAUGGUUGGCUGCAAGUGUUGGGUGGGAUUUGCUUACUCAUAUUAUUGUGCACUGUUUAUCAGUAUCACCUUAGUAACCGGCAAUGUUUACGGGUAUAUAACAUAUUCACGGCAAUAUAGCUCACAAUAUGUGUUUCAACUGUAACAAUAAUGUUUAUUUUGUAUAAAUAAAAAAUGUUUCAUGUUUCCAUGAAUGCUAAGUACCAGGAAAUAUCCCUUAAAGCGGCACUGCCAUGGCCGAUCUAUAUUCUGGACGCCACCAUCUUUGUUUUAGUAGAGGAAGUUCCUUUGGGACACGUCAUCUGCCCACACUAGAUAGCGCUGUGAGAUUCCCGCACAUGCCCAGUGAAACACUUGGACAUGCGAAUGGGAAUUUCAUCCAUUCAUUUAUCAGAAUAGGUUUUUUUUUAUUUAUUUUUUACAGUGAGCAGCCACUGGCUGCUCACUGUUUACUAGACAUGCCCCUACUCGCGGUAUAGCGAGUAGGGGCUGAAUUUACUAAUACUAAGUAAUCUUUACUUAGUAUUAGUACAUGUGGCUGAAAUUCCAAUUUAGGUCUUUCAGCCUUUUGGUAGAUAGCUCCCUAAUACCGUGGAAAUUAGGGUGUUAUCUACUAAGCGGCUGCAAGAUGCAGCCACAGCACGAAUAGGAUCGGAGUUUAAUUCAUUCAAAUGAAAUUGCGAAUCCGAACAAAGUCCCGAAUUGCCUUCUAACACGAACGGAGAAACUGUUCAUUCUAUUAGAACACAAUUCGUCAGUUUUGCCGGCGUUCUGUCUAAGUGACAGGACGUUCGUCAAUACUGACAGGGAGGAAAACGAAGGAUUAUGGGAAAAUUGCUUUGACCACCGGAAAUGAAGCACACUUUGCUCCUCCGCUGGUCAUGGUGUAGGAAACCUCCAGAAGAGAAAUAGUCCCUACUUUGUCUUAAUUUUUAAAGAAAACUAGAGCAGAUAGGAAGAAAUGAAGAACAGAUCCUGAGAGAGGGAGAGAAGAGGAAUCGAUUGGGGAAAGGUAAGUUCGGCAUGACAGUGCCGCUUUAAUAGUUAGAGAUGCUGAUAUUGACAAACUCAAGAAGUCUUUUGUAACAGUUUAAUAAUUCUGUCACUACAUUUUUUUUUUUUAUUGCAAAGUAUUUCUUCAAACCAUCAAUAAAAAACUGGUUUAUGUAAAAAAGGACAAAUUUGUCUUCUUGAUAAGUUGCGUGCACAGUAAAAUUUAUAUAGGCUGAAAAAGCAUCAAAAGAUGCUUUUUUUUUUUUUUUUAAAUUGAAGCGAUACUGUUUUGUUUCUAAAAGAGAAAAAAAAAUCCUCCUUGAGUCCUGCCUAUCAAAUCUUUCCUUGGAUCAACUAACUGUUAAUAAUGUCUUUCAUCUUUCUUUACUAACGUGAAAAUUUUAAGGUUUUUCAGAUUGAAGGCCAGACUAGCCAAAAUAAAAGCAAAGCUGAAUUUUUACAUUUUGGCUAUUUUAAAUGUGAUUAACCCCAUUUAUAAUAAUGACCACCUCAAUAAGUUAGUGCCAUAAAGCUUUGCAUAAAAUCUAUUUUAUUUAAAUUUGUUACUAAACCUUUUUUUGUCUUGUGCAGGGUGAACAUAUAAAUGACGCACAUAUUGAAAGGUCCUAUCAGCCUACCAUACUCAGCUGGCAUCCAACGAGGUGUAUCCUGGCUGUGGGCUGGUCUACAGGAGAAUUGGUGGUUUUCAAUGAACAGGAGAAGGAGCAGUAUGCUAUGCCACCCAUACAUGGGGCCGAGGUCACCAUGCUCGAAUGGAGUAAUAAUAACAACAACCACUUAAUCUCAGGAGACCAGGUAACUGCAUUUGAUGUGUCUCACUAACACUGCUUCUGGGAGUCUUACAGAGAGAGUCUUGGGUGGGCAAUGGGCAUGUCCUGCAUUUUAGAAACAUGAGUACGUGAUGGAAAAGAAAAUUCAACGUUUCUUUUAUUCCAAGCUCCAGUUUAAUUCAUUUAUUAUCAUGAAAGAAAAAAAGUUUCGUUUUUUUUUCAAACAUGGAAAAUUGCGGUCCAAGGAGCGUACACCCUCAGUGUGGUGGUAAAAGAUAAUGGGUGAAUUCAAGGUUCCCUAGUCAAUGCAGUGGAGUUUAUAACUGAUACUACAAGCGAUCAAAUCUCCUGAUUUUUGUGACCAGUGCACUUUGGGGGAUCCACUGACUAACUGUGUGUUCCAAGAGUGAGACCAAAAAUAAUAAUAGCAGAGUUGAUGUUCAAGGUUUAGGGCAAGCAACAAAGAUAUCUUGGUAAAGGUCAGGACAGCAAACAUAUUCAGGAAUGGUGUAAAAACCAAAAGGUCGAUAUAAGGAGGGGAAGUGUGACAAUUAUGGAAAAAUGGUUAAAUAAAUGUCUAGCACAAUGUUGAAGAAGAUAGUUCCAGUGUCACUGGACUUGAGUCUACUUGUUUUUUUAUUUUUAUUUUUUAUCACGUAAUCUUUAAGCACAUUACUCACUAACCAUUCAUUAUGGUUGUCUUUCAAUAAUUACUGAAUAACUUGAAAGAUAGUUCUUUAUUGUGUUUCCUUUUCUGCGUUGUACUAUCCAAUGUUGGGUGGACACUUUAUUUUAUUUCUUGUCUUGUUAUAGCUUGGAGUGUUAGUGGUAUGGAAGUUGGACCAGCGGGGACGUGUUCAAGGGAUGCCUUUAUUGAAGCAUGAGUAUCGCAAACCUCUGACUCACUGCCUUUUCAAGCCUUUAGCUCCUGAUGAGUAAGUGCCAGUUUUUCGGUUUAUGACCUAAACAGAUUUCAACCUACAACAAUAGUAUGUUUCCAUUUCCAUGCAUCUUUUUCUUGUUUUGACAAGUGGAAAUUUUUUUUUUUUAAUGUGGACUUAGUGGCCAUAACAUUCUCACUUCCUUGGAAGUCCUCCGUAAUUAUAUUUCUCAUAGUUAUAUAUCACCUCUUAAUUUGCUCCCUCCUCCUUGUGCAGGGACCUGGCUCAGUUAGCCAAGGCAGCAGUCAGUGGGGAUGAGCGAGCUCUGGACAUGUUUAACUGGAAGAGAUCUGAAAAGGGUUCUCCCUCUAAGGCAAGAUCUCAACAGGAGUUCUCCUUUUUUGUCACAACAGGAGAUGGUAAGAUGGAUUCUGAGCUGUGCGUAUGUGUAUACCUGCUUUGUAAUGGCUAUAUACACCGAUUAGUCACAACAUUAAAACCACUGACGGGUGAAGUGAAUAACAUUAUUAUAUCGUUACAAUUGCACCUGUCAAGGGAUGGGAUAUAUUAGGCUGGAAGUGAACAGCCAGUUCUUGAAUUACAUGUGUUUGGAAUUAGGAAAAAUGGGCAAGUGAAAAUAUCUGAGUGAUUUUGACUAGAUGACUGGGUCAGCGCAUCUCCAAAACGACAAGUCUUGUGGGGUUUUCCCGGUUUGCAGUGGUUAGUAUCUACCAAAAGUGGUGCAAGGAAGGACAACCAAUGAACAGACUUCAGGAUCAUGUGUGCCUUGGGGAGCAAAGGCUAGCCGGUCAAAGGGAUCCACUGCCCACCAUUGAUAGUGCCUCCAGUGGGGACACGAGCUUCAGCACUGGACCAUGGAGCAAUGGAAGAAGGUUCUCUGGUCUGAUGAAUCACAUUUUCUUUUAGAUCAGGUAGAUGGCUGGGUGUGUGUGUGUCAUUUGCCUGGGGAAGAGAUUGCAGCAGGAUUCACUAUGGGAAGAAAGCAGGUUGGCAGAGGCAGUGUUAUACUCUGGGUAAUAUUCUGCUGGGGUACCUUGGAUUCCACCAUUUAUGUGGAUGUUACCUUGACACGUAUCACCUACCUAAAGAUUGUUGCAGCCCAAGUACACCACUUCAUGGCAAUGGUGUUCGCUGAUGGCACUGGCUUCUUCCAGCAGAAUUAUGCACCCUGCCACACUGCAAAAAUUGUUCUGGAAUGGAUUGAAGAACAUGACAAAGAGUUCAAGGUAUUGCCUUGGCCUCUAAAUUCUCCAGACCUCAGUCUGAUUGACACAUGAUACUGCUACAGGACACAUUCAGAGGUCUUGUGGAGUUCAUGCCUCAACGCAUCAGAGCUGUUUUGGCAGCACGAGGGAAACCUACAUGAUAUUAGGCAGGUGGUUUUAAUGUUGUGGCUGAUCAGUGUAUUUGCAGUACAUGCUCCAUGCCAUGUACCAUUCUUGUCUCUCCAUUGUAUUUGGGUGUGUACGCAGCAUCUCAACCAAUGUAUGAAUAUAUUGGGAAUCGCAAGCAUAGUUGUAUACAUAGAGAAAUUGCAGUUGGUGCACUUAGAAAUUGAACGAUCUCCCUAGCUUUACAGAGAGCGUUUCAAGAAUACUUUUUUAGACACAACUCACAUAAGUAAGUUACUAUUACAAAUUAACUUUGAUUAUUUUUGUUAACACUAAAGACAUGCACAUGUAUGUGUGCGCAUGUAUCAUUUUGGGAUGAAUAUUAAUAAUGAAGUUUCAGUUUGAAGAAAAUAUUUUUUCCUAGAGCUGAGAGGAAAAAUGUCUCUGUUUUAAUGGUGCAAUCAAAUUCGCAGUGUAUCUCCACAAUUAAAGAAAAUAAAUAACAUACGUUGACCCUAAACACAAAUACGGUUUACCAUUAACACACACUCAGAACAUUAUUCUGAAACCAGCAAAUUAUAUGCAAAUGGCUAAAAUACCUGAGCAGCAACCAUAGCCGAUGUUGACAUUUCUUUCUUAAUCAGUUAUUUUAGUCUUAAGUUUGCCAUUUGGGUUUAAGUCACUAAAAUGUGGUGUUUACUAAAUAAACAACAGACACAAUUAAAAAAACAAAACAAAAUGCAGUUAAAGUUUGAGUAGGUGAGCAAGUUUUAGACAAUUCUAGUAAAAAGUGAAAUAUUAAACCUUGCUCCAGAACUCAGUACCUCAAGGUACAGCAACGGGUCCAGGUUUUGUUAGUAUGCCCAUUGGAACUGAAUUGUGGAUGUUCUUAGAAGACUGUGUAGGGAAUCACUGCUGUAAAAAGACAAAGCAGAUGCUCCCCCCCUCUUAUUGCCUGCAGUUUGCUCUUUUAAAGCCCCUGUAACCCUCACACAUUGCCUGCGACUGCUAUGCUUUGGCACACAUCAUCACAUUAUGUGGCAAAACAUGUGCUUUUGUUUCUUUUCUUAUGGUAUUAACCUUUUUUGGUUGUAGGUUCAGUGUAUUGGGUGAAUGAGCAAGGAAAAAGCAGUCAAGUAGUGAGCAUGGACAGUCCAAUACAAAAGCUGAUCUUUGUAGAGAAGAAAUCCAUACUAGUGGUGAUCACUGAGAACCUAGUGCUAUCACAGUUUUUUGUCGGCCCAGAAGCCGAAGCUGAUGAGACCUCAAAGGUAAGACGUGGAAAGAGAGUUUAUGAAUCCUCAGAAUUGUUGAUUUUUUUUUUUUUGUGUUUCUGCAUUAAGUUGACCUAAACAUUGAUAAUAGUCUGAUAAAACAAAUAUUUUUAGUCGGCAAACUUAUCCCAAAUUUACUGUCUCUUUUGAAAUCGUACGGGACCCUCUGAUAAUCAGGUGCAUUAAGUGGUUAUUUAAAUCCAAUGUUCCUUUCAAGGAGCUGACAAUCAGGUGUGUGUUUGAGGGACACUUCUCCAUAAAAUAUACAUACAAAUGUUGAUUGCUGACAUCAGAAUCUUUCUCACAUGACUCAUGUUUUUGUGCAAUAAAUCAUAUCCUUGUUAAAGGAACUCUUUAAACACCUCAAAUAGUUUAGCUUGCCGAAGUGCUUUAUGUGUGAAUUGUAUGUCCUGUUUUUCAUUUUACAAAAAGUGAAGAUUCCAAUAGAAAUUUGCAUUUUUAUACAUUAAUCUUGUUAUACAUCCCUACCUGUCAGAUCAGACAACAGGCCCUGUUACAUCCCGGUUUAUUUAUCUAAGUGGAGCUAAGCUCAAGAGGCAGCAAUUUCCCAGAGCACCUGUCUUGGAAAGACUUCUCACUGAGCUGCAUUGGGAUGUCUGUGAUUGGACAUCCACAGAAAGUCUGGGCGGGGAAAGAAGGGGAGGGCUUGUAAAGGCUGCAGAUACUUCUGCAGCUUUUUGCAAACCAUGAUUUUAUAUACCCCCAAAGAAAAUAUACUGAACAAAAUGCAUGCAUAUGUUCUUUAGGGGUAUAUCAAUUACAUUUUUAUUUUUAAUUUAUUUUAAUGGAGUGUUUCUUUAAAAGUAGGAUCUCAUAAAUAAGAGUGUGUAUUAUGAAGCUGGAAAAGGUUAUAAAACCAUUACUUUAACUUCCUUAAAUCUACAGUAAAGCAGAUACUAUAUUAUCCCAGGAAAUUCCACAGAAGUAAUGUUCAAACUGAAAUCCUACCAAGAAUCACUGUAAUAUUUUAGGAGGUCAAACGUUACGGUAGAUGCAUAGGGUGUGCUGCCAUCUCCUACAUAGCCAAUGUCAGAGUUCAGGAAUUAACCAUAAGAUAUACUGAACAGGAGUUAUGGAUCACAGUAUAAAAAUAACACUGAUUACAUUUAUAAAUUGUGACAGUUGCAGUGACAUGGGCUUUCCCACAUAUUUACCACUAGGGGGUGAUAUGUUAUUCUAGUAAGGCUGUUAUGCAGCGCGGUGCAGCUGUAUGUUGUAUCCCAGUUAUAACUGUAGUUCAAUGUGUACAUAACGUAUUGAAUUAAUUUCAUACAUUGUUUGAACAGGUGAAACUAACUGGGAAGACUGGUCAAGCAGCCGACAUCCUCUGGGUUGACCGCAGCCUCUUAAUUACAGCCACCGGGGAAAGUGUUAUACGGUAAAUUCUCCCAUCAUCCAGGGUUUAUUCAUGCUCCAACUUCAUACUCCAAUAUUUUCCAUCUCAAUUAAUGGUGGUAGCAGACACCGUGUUGUUUAUAAUUUAUCAGUGUGAAAUAUUAUGGUUCGCUAUUUAAGACUUGUACUAUAGUAUAUGUUAUUGUGUAAUAACACUGGAUUUCUUGCUGCUCACUAUGGAGGGAGAGAAUGCUCACCUAUUUAUCUGGGAUCUGGAGUGGGAGUAAUCAUGACAUCCACGGCCGCUAUCUGGGAUCUGGGGUGGGAGUAAUCAUGACAUCCACGGCCGCUAUCUGGGGUGGGAUUAAUCAUGAUAUUCACAGCCGCUAUCUGGGAUCUAGGGUGGGAGUAAUCAUGAUAUCCACGGCCGCUAUCUGGGAUCUAGGGUGGGAGUAAUCGUGACAUCCACGGCCGCUAUCUGGGGUGGGAUUAAUCAUGAUAUUCACAGCCGCUAUCUGGGAUCUAGGGUGGGAGUAAUCAUGACAUCCACGGCCGCUAUCUGGGGUGGGAUUAAUCAUGAUAUCCACAGCCGCUAUCUGGGAUCUGGAGUGGGAGUAAUCAUGACAUCCACGGCCGCUAUCUGGGAUCUGGAGCGGGAGUAAUCAUGAUAUCCACGGCCGCUAUCUGGGAUCUAGGGUGGGAGUAAUCAUGACAUCCACGGCCGCUAUCUGGGGUGGGAUUAAUCAUGAUAUCCACAGCCGCUAUCUGGGAUCUGGAGUGGGAGUAAUCAUGACAUCCACGGCCGCUAUCUGGGAUCUGGAGCGGGAGUAAUCAUGAUAUCCACGGCCGCUAUCUGGGAUCUAGGGUGGGAGUAAUCAUGACAUCCACGGCCGCUAUCUGGGGUGGGAUUAAUCAUGAUAUCCACAGCCGCUAUCUGGGAUCUGGAGCGGGAGUAAUCAUGAUAUCCACGGCCGCUAUCUGGGAUCUAGGGUGGGAGUAAUCAUGACAUCCACGGCCGCUAUCUGGGGUGGGAUUAAUCAUGAUAUCCACAGCCGCUAUCUGGUAUCUGGAGCGGGAGUAAUCAUGAUAUCCAUGGCCGCUAUCUGGGAUCUGGAGUGGGAUUAAUCAUGACAUCCACGGCCGCUAUCUUGGAUCUGGAGCGGGAUUAAUCAUGAUAUCCACGGCCGCUAUCUGGGAUCUGGAGUGGGAUUAAUCAUGAUAUCCAUGGCCGCUAUCUGGGAUCUGGAGUGGGAUUAAUCAUGAUAUCCAUGGCCACUAUCUGGGAUCUGGAGUGGGAUUAAUCAUGAUAUCCAUGGCCGCUAUCUUUCUAAUAUUAGUUUCUCUUUAGGUUCUGGGAUCUGGAGCGGGAUGACAAUUAUGUGCUUUUCCUGGACGAGCAAUUGGGAUAUGAAUCUGGAGAAAACCUCAAUUGCAUUUCUUACUGCAGAGCUAAAGGUAGAGUCACAUGCAGUCACCCCAGGGCUCUAUGGUAUUAAAUGAUAUGGGGUGUAACUGUAAAAACAGUCAUCACUAUUAAGGGAACGCAACCAGCUUAUUGUGUGGGUCAAUGAGUUUUGAUAAACCUUCCCAGCACCCAAAGCUUGGCCUCUCUGCUGAUGACACGAUUUCCGGUCUGCCUGUCUUUCUCUGUAUAUCCCCCUCUCUCACUCCUAUAUUGGGGAUUUGGAAACUCAUUAAAUAUUAAAGAAACACAAUAGAAUCCCCCCCACUACCAAGCCAAAAACAAAUAACAUUUUAUUUAACUUUUAGCCCUUGCCACACCAGCCUCCAUGCUGCUCUUUAUAAUUUAAGCCAAACCAAUUCUUCCUCAUUGGAACAUUGGGAGGCUAGUGCACAUAUGCGACAAAUCGCCAGUCUGCGCCAAUCGGCAGCUCCUCAUUGAGAAACUUUGACUCAAUGUAUCUCAAUGUGGAAACAGCCACUAGAGGUGAACUUAGGCCACAGUGUAAAAACAGCCUUUUCUCUGAAAAAGCAUUGUUUACAUUCCUGACCUUGCAGGGACAUAUCGUAUGCCCCAGAACCACUACUUCAAGCUUUAGUGGGUUUGGUGAGUAUAGUGCCCCUCUAAGGUUAAAUUUUUAACACGUUUUGUUUUGCCCAUGUAGGUAUAUUGGCAGCUGGAACCAAUAAGGGCAGAAUAGCUAUGUGGGGAAAAGCGCCAUCUACUGGACAGAAAUCUUCUAGGACAGAUGGAAAGGAGAGUUGGAAACUUAAGCCGCCAGCAGAACUUGAGGGAUCCAUCACUCAGAUUAAGGUGAGAAAAUCUAACAGAGUUAUAUAUUGCCAUUAUUCACAGCCUUUAUUUGUCCUCAGUGCCACUUUGCUCAUGAAUGUAGUGAAUUGUUUUUUGCUUAACUGAUAAAAGAUCAUUAAAUAUUUUUUAAAGAGGAAUCAUCACUAAUUUUGAAAAUUCCACCAUGUAAUAAAUUAUUGAAAAUCACCUAUACCUCGUAUUAGCUGUGUAUUCUUUCCAUGCUAUGUUUUCAUUUUAUGGUAAAUAAACAAUAGAUAAGGAUUACAAAAUGCACUACAAAAUGCAUUACUUUUUUUCCUCUUUCUUGUCAAUUUGCCAAUUUUUAUUGAAUUGAAGUGAGUCUUGCAUUGUACAUAAAAUAUACCAAUUUCAAAGGUUGAUAAUAUGAUUGUCAUCUAUUGCGUAUAGAAACAUCUACUAUGGGGAAAACCAGACAGAGAAUAUUUGUAUAUUAUACAUUUCAAUGGGCUGAAAAUAAUCCAGUGCGGACUACAGAAAGCCUCAUGGCUAUUUCUUUUGUAGUCAAUAGUACAAACAAUCUGGCCAUCUCCUGGAGGUUGUACUUGUUCUCCUGGAGGUUGUACCUGCAUAUUCGUCAUCGUAUCAUAUGACAGUUUAGAGAAAUUCGGUGAAUAAAUUCCCCUUCUAGUGAGAUGUGGGAGGAUUCCAAGCUACUACAGUAUUUGCUGUGAUCAAGACAUGAAAUGUUUUUUUGAAUUCUGUUUUCAGCAGAUCCUGUUGCCACAUAAAUAGACUGGUUUCCAGUGAGGGUCUAAACUUUCUGCGAAGUAGUGAGUCAUCCCAUGAGCCAAUAUGUUUGAAUUAAAAUGCAUAUGAACAAUGCAGUUAAAAAAAAUAUACACGCAUUUACUGGUUUUCAUAAAGCUAUUUUCAGGUGGCCUAAAAUGCGGCCAUUUCUUAGCCACAAAACAUGCUUCUGCUGCCAAGCUGAUUUGCCCCUUUUUUCAGUGAACUUCCUUCUUUUUAAUGGGCAAUGUCCAAUCAAAUACUUCCCGUGAAGAAGCAUUGUGGACAUAGGGAGCAUAAUAGCGCAUAUUAUAAACGCUUAACACACACAUACACACACCUAUUGAGAAGCCAAUAGUUAAUAUAGCCCAAAAACAUUUGGAAGCUAUGAAAAUACAUGGGGGACAUUUUUUAUAACCUUAUUAAAUAAUUGACCUUUUACAAAUUAUAUGCGGAGGGGGUUGCAAUACCAAUAGUAAAAUGUGUGCUCUCAAAUGUUCCAAAUCUGCAGGCUUUCAAGAACUCUUAUUUAUUCCUGGGACAAUACCUAUCAUAUCUCACACAGGAGGCUGCUGGCAGGGGCAAUGCUUUGUGCCUGCAUUAUCUUGCAGUUAACAGAACUGUGUGUGUGUUUGGGAAUUUGUGUGUAUGUGUCUACGGCAUGGUGUAUUUGUGGGAGUGUGAAUGUAUACAACUGUUUGAUAGUUGAUGACUCUUCUGACCAUUUCUAUCUCCAUGCAGUGGGGCUCCUCCAAGAACCUCCUCGCAGUCAACAAUGUGAGCUCCGUAGUGAUUCUCAGCGAACAUGUCAUGUGCUCUCACUUCCACCAGCAAGUUGCGGCCAUACAGGUUGCUCCCUCUCAGCUCAAUGUGACCUACUUCAACACCGGAGCAACACAUAACUUGAGAACCGAUAUGCACAUUAAAGGAGUCUUUGUCACUAAGGUGAGCAAUCCAGCUCUAGAGUUAAAGUAAACACACUUGUGAUUUUCUCUCCCAAAGAGGUUAAUUCACUAAACUGGGAAUUAUGGAGAAAGUGUCUAUUAUUAAAAAUAUAUAAAUAAUUCUGUGGCACUUUAUACACUAUAACUUAUAUAAUAUUAUAUAGAGAAAAAUAUACUUCCCUUUAAAGUCCCUGCAGCUGCUACAAAGCAUUAAACACCUACAAAAAGAAUAUAGAUAAAUUGUAGAAUCAAGAAGCAGCUGGGGGACCUGGGUAAAAAAAAAACUGUUUGCAAACUUGUUUUCACUUUGUCAGUGAACGGUGCAUGGAGACUUCUGACACCAUAUCCACUGCAGUGAGCCAUUGUGAUAAGUUCCCCUUUAGAAAGGCACUGUCACUUAUAUCAAUAAAAAUUAGCUAUGGGAUUGCUAUUCGCAUUAGACCCUUCCAAUAAGGAGGCAUUGGAUUGGCUGAGAUCAUCACUAAUGAUGAUCUCCGCCAGGUGAGACCAGCGUGGCGUGGGAAUAAAGGUCAGUACAGUUUGUUCCCUUUUUUUUAUUACAAGAGAUUCAAAUGUCUAAAUCAGCAGGAGUAUACUCUAAAGUUGUAUUUCUAAAAUUAGAGUGCUACUUUCAUUAUCCUCUUACAACAUACAUUGGUCUGUUUGGGCUGCUCAUAAUAUUAAGGUGAGAGAUCUUUGUAGAGGUUACAGAACUUUAUCCCUAAUACAUUCUUGUAUUGUUUUUGUAAAAACAUUUAAUUAAGCAACAGAAGAGUACAAUACAACUCACAAUUUGCACCAAAUGAUUGCACCUAAUAUUUCACUUAGGGCCCUAAAACCAGAGCAACACCUUAUAGUAUGCUCAGAGUUAUAAACGUGGCAGGUCCGUUUCUUUCUAGGUAUGUGGUUCUUUUAAGUGGUUUAUUGUUGCAUUUCUGAUUUAUGUCUGUAUUAUUUGCAGGAAUCAAUCGCAGUAUGGAACCGGAAACAAGUCACGGUGUAUGAACUGUCAGGAGCAACAUUGAGAAAUACAGGUAAGAUGGUUAGAUGUGUCCCCGAGGGGUCUAUUAGAUGUGUCCCCAAGGGGUCUAUUAGAUGUGUACCCGAGGGGUCUAUUAGAUGUGUACCCGUUGGGUCUAUUAGAGGUGCCCCUGAGAGAUCUAUUAGUUGUGCCCCUGAGAGAUCUGUUAGAUGUGCCUCUGAGAGGUCUGUAAGAUGGGCCCCUGAGGGAUCUGUUAGAUGGGCCCCUGAGGGAUCUGUUAGAUGGGCCCCUGAGGGAUCUGUUAGAUGGGCCCCUGAGGGAUCUGUUAGAUGGGCCCCUGAGGGAUCUGUUAGAUGGGCCCCUGAGGGAUCUGUUAGAUGGGCCCCUGAGGGAUCUGUUGAGGGAUCUGUUAGAUGGGCCCCUGAGGGAUCUGUUAGAUGGGCCCCUGAGGGAUCUGUUAGGCGUGUCCCUGAGGAGAUCUGAUGGGCACGUUGCUGAAGGUCUGUUGAAUGUGCCCUGAGGGGUCUGUUAGGCGUGCCUCUGUGGGAUCUAUUAGGCGGUACUGAGGGGAUCUGUUAGAUGUGCCUGAGGUCUGUUAGAUGUGCCCUGAAGGGGAUCUUGUUAGAUGACCCCUGGGGAUCUGUGGAUGUGCCCUACUGAGGGUCUAUUAGAUGUGCUUUGAGGUCUAUUGAAUGUACCCCAGGGGAUGUUUAAGAUCUGCCCCUGAGGUCUGUUAGAUCUGCCCCUGAGGGGAUCUGUUAGAUCUGCUAGGGGAUCUAUGGAUGAUGUGCCCCUGAGGGGUCUGUUAGAUGUGCCCCUGAGGGGUCUGUUAGAUGUGCCCCUGAGGGAUCUGUUAGAUGUGCCCCUGAGGGGUCUGUUAGAUGUGCCCCUGAGGGGUCUGUUAGAUGUGCCCCUGAGGGGUCUGUUAGAUGUGCCCCUGAGGGGUCUGUUAGAUGUGCCUCUGAGGGGUCUGUUAGAUGUGCCUCUGAGGGGUCUGUUAGAUGUGCCUCUGAAGUGUUCUACUUACUGAAAAGGCAAACCUUUGUUUCCGCAGGGAUUUGGGGUUCUUGCAGUGAACACUUCUAGAACUAGUAAAUGGCUGAUGUCUGUCAGCCAAUCAUGUGACACAAGUUGGUGGUUUGGCCAGCAAAAGGGGUGGUUUUGCCCAAAAAGAGGAUGCUGUAGCCUCGGUUAAAUGCACACUAGGCUGACUGAUUGCUGCACUUGCCCGGGCCACACUGAGGCACUCCUGCUUGGACUGAAUAACCUGAGUGCGGUUUGUGCAGUGUGAUCACUUCUAAUUAUGUACUUUCUGGGAACAUUUUCCUGGUGUCCCCAAAAACUUUACACCUGAAGCAAACCUGGAAGUGUGUGACAUGAGCCUAAAGUCCGUACUUUCCUGCAGACUCCGGAACUGUCAGGAGUUAUGUUUCCGAGUCAGUUCUGAAUGUAAGCUAGCCAACACAUUGCUAACAUCAAAUAUCUGUGAAUGCUUGAAUUGUCCCUUUACUGUUAGCAAUCUGUACAUAUCUCAUCCAUUAUAUGUACUUCCAGGUUACUGAAUACCCAAUGCAUGACUUUUUAAUUUUGUUUGGUUAAGGUUCCUUUGCCAGUGACUCACCAGUGCUUGCAAUGCACGAGGAGAACAUUUAUACAGUAGAACCUAAUAGAGUUCAGAUUCGCACACUGCAGGUGAGCCUAAAACCCUGUAUUUUUACAAUUUGAAAAGUACACUGCCGUGUUUUCUUAUCUUCGUUAUUUCUUAUAAUGUCCCACAACAUUCAUACGUGACUGAUUCCAAAGGCUGAGCUGAAAUCAUAUUGUAAUGGUAGAGUGUGAAUCACCAUUUUCACUUGUUUUGUUGUAAUAUUCUUUUAAUCAGGGUACAGUGAAACAACUGCUGUCGUUCUCCAAACCGGAGGGUAACCCGUUCAUGUUGCACAUUUGUGGGAGCUUCCUGGUGGUAGCCACAGACACUGCUUACUUCAAAGUCUUUGAUCUCUCAAGAAGGUAAAGUCGCGGUUGCAAGCAGCUUCAAGAACACUUAAGCCUUGUUCAUUUACAUCUGGUUUCACUGAGGAACAUAUAAGCAUAACCGACCACAAGAUUUUGGUUAGAGCGGACCUGGCACACACUAAUACAGAGUCAAAUCAAUUUUCAGAUAAUCUGUUUAGGUCUCACUUUUGUGUGAGCUUGUGAUAGCUUAUUAUAGAACGUUCAACUUGGGCAGGCCUAAUAUUGAGAGGGGGCAAGUGGCUGGGGGUAUGUGAACGACAUAAUUAGUUUCAUGGACAACCUUCCUGGUUGAAUUAACCCUUAAAAUCCAAAAUAGCCAAACUGGUACCAAUGCUGUCUCUUGAGAUAUUUUUCCAGUUUUCUUUAUUGGCCUUAAAUUUGAAAUUCACUUUGAAUUCCUGAUAAUAAAUACUUUGGUGAAUAUCCCUAUACAUUAAUAUUACAACCCUUGACUGACAUCCGAGAACUGGAUCCGGCUAUCUGCUGGUCUUUCCACCGUAUGACUUGGAAUGUCUAUUGUAAUGUUUUCGAAGAGAUCAUGGUUCUCUCUGUUUCCCCCUGGUCCAUAGUCCCCCCAAAAUAUUGUCUGCUUUAUUUUUUUUUAAUUUUUUGUUGUUGUAAGUAUGAUUUUAUUACAUGUAGAUAAGUUAAAAAGAUAUAUAAAAUUAUCUUUUUUGUUUGUUUAUAGAUUUAAAAGAGAUUGAUCCUUGGGACUUUAAUAAAACCUUGUAACCGUUUAAUAAACCCCCACCCCCCAAAAAAAAGAUCUAUAUAAAAAAGAAAGUGAAAUGGGAUGAGACCAAAGAGAAAAUUUGAUACAAAUGGUUGGAGAGAGUGAAAACACGCUCCAAUAAAUAAGAAAGUGUAACACACUUGUAUUGCAAAAAAAUUAUAAAGCAAUCACACUGUUAACAACCUGAAUGUAAAAAAUUGUAAAGACUGUGCAAAAGUUAAUUUAAAAGGACACUCCCUGCUGAGUUUGAGCACAUCCAUCCAAUACAUUAUAUAGAUCAUUUAAAAGAUAAAAAUAGCCACUUUUAAAUUUCCUGCAUUUGCUUAAAAUCCCCAGGGUUUCUAGCUUCCUACAGCAAACUCUGCACAAACUAGGAACUAGCUGACACCUCUCACCAAACUUAGCACGUCCAUUCUAAGCAGAUCAGUAUAGAGCAGCAGUUACAAUCAUGAGGUUAAUAAAGUCCUGUUUAAACUGAUGCAAGGAGAUAAGAUCUUUUGGUGCAUGAAGUGUCCCUUUAUUUUGAUAGAAUUCUGAAAUAUCAUCUUUAAAAUCUGAUGCAUUAACAUUAAAAUGCCAGUAUCUGCCAGAGCAGAUUAAGAUGUCAGGGUUUGAAUCAUGUCAUUGUGUUUUCAUUCAAAGGGAAGCCAAAUCUCACAGCAACUGCAAAAACCUGUGUGAGCUGGUACCAGCGGUGGAAAGCAUUGUAUCGGUCAAGUGUAACUCCAAUGGCAGCAAAGUCAGCAUUCUAGCAAACCGGGUACGUGUUAUCAGUUCUCAGGCCUCCCUCCUGGUGUCUGUAUUCAUUGCAAAGAGAAUGUCUACUGGCAAAGUUUAGACCUUUCUCUUUCCUGUGUAAAAGGACAUCAAUAUCUAUGGUACAGUGUUAAUUUUGGCAGCAAAUUUCAAUUUAGUUUCAGUCCUAGUAUUUUAACUGAAACACCGUUUUAGAUGUAUUUUAGUCAUCUGAAUUGUUUUAUUUUUAGUUGACUAAAUCUCCAGUCGACAUGACUAAAAUCUAAUGGGUUUAAUAAAAGCCUCUAUCUGUCUCUUUUGCCCCUUCCCCAGCACCCCAUGUCUAAUUUUUUCUCCUCCCUCCUCCGUGUGUCUUACCCGCCAAGGUUAAUUUUGGGUGCAAAUUUAUAUAAAGUUAAGUUAUGGUCUUUUGACUAAAAAGCCAUUUUAGUUUUAGUCGUAUUUUAGUCAUCUAAAUUGAUUUAGUUUUAGUCGACUAAAAUCUGACAGAAGUAACACUGCUAUAGUACUGGUCAGUUGGUCACUGCACGAUCACUCUGCGUCAGCUAAUACACACAUUCUGAUAGAUACACACACACGCAGAAUGCAACACAUCAUACACUCCUAUUUAUACCGUAUAAUGACCCUCAUUAUAUAUUCGCUGUUAGCUGCGAGUUUAUAGGAAUGUAGAUCAGCACCCAGGGCUCACAAACCGUCUCGGUGUUGCUGAUGUUUCUGAUCUGAACAAAAUGAGACACAUUUCCAUUUUCCACAUGCGCAAAGCCCAUUAAUUCAGGAUUUUCAUGGGAGACAUGCAAUGCUACUGACACGCAUAUUACAAGACACGAUUCACUCCCUUCGCACAGAAACACGCAGAUAUGAAAAACACAAUCAGGGUGAUUUACUGAAGUCAGAAUUUUUGAGAAUUCAAAUUUAAAUCCAAAAUAACUAAAAUGGAAAAAAAAUCAGUUAUGCUUCCAGUUCAGCUGCUUUUGCCUUUAACCCCUUAAGGACACAUGACAUGUGUGACAUGUCAUGAUUCCCUUUUAUUCAAGAAGUUUGGUCCUUAAGGGGUGAAACUUGAAUUUAACUUUGACUUCCCCACAAUUCUCACUUCAGUAAAUAACACACUGAAUUGCUGAAAAUGGUCUUUACCCAACUCUCUGUGUAGUUUGUCUAUAUCACCACUAGAUGGCACACAAUUAUCUUUAAAGUGUUUCUAACCAUUUUCUCUGUAGACUGAUGGUCACCUGGACUCCAAAAUAUACUUCUAUGACGUUGAGCUGGAUACAGUGACAUUUUUUGACUUUUGGAAUGGGCAGGCAGAAGUGGAGGCCCCGUCUAUCCAGGAUUCCGAUAUGUAAGACACGCAGGGUUACUGACCAACGUCUGUCUGUCACUGUGCACCAGUUUGCUUGUUGUUGCAUGACAAUUUGGGAGCGUGGGAGAAGCUGUCUCAUUGUUAUCAAUGUUUACAUGGAGUGUACCAACAUUUUUAUCUGUUUCUAAUUUAAAAAGGUUACUUUUUACUUUCAUUAUGCUUAGCAUAGUGUUGUCAGAAAAUGUGGCUGAAACAUCCCAAAUUCCAAUAUUAUGACUUUCAAAUCACAAAUUCUUUAAAUUUAACAGAUGACUCGAGAAUCAUUGGAGUUGUAGUAAAUCAAAAUUCCAUUAUGUGUAACGUAUGUGUAUCUACAUCUUUCUUGGACCACUUUAAGGCUCAGGUCACUCCUGGGAUGAGUUGUACAUGUUCUAUCUUGUAUAACAGUUAUGGUAUUUCCAGUUGUUUGGGGAUUAACCAGCUUUGUCUGUGCCUUAAUAUCCUGGCAGGAAUCUCACUGAAAACACCAAGCUCCUAAACCGGACCCCAAUCAGUCAUUUCUGGGACCAGAGUGAAUCUCGACUGCUUGUAUGUGAGGCCAUUCUGGCCAUUCCAGAUUCCACAAAGACGUCACCGAAGAACCAAGUGGACAGUCCUGUCGAUGCUUCUCAUGGGAAGGUAUGACUAUGGUCUUAGCAGGUAGAAAGUUAUUACAUGGUCAGCUAAAAAGUGUUCUGCCAUUUUAAUCCCAAAUGAGAUACUCUAUUUUUGCUAUCCAAUCAUGGAUAUUUAGUAAAUGGAGAAUUCAAAGGGGAUUUCAAAUUUAGGGCCUGAAAUGUAAGCAUAGAGAAUUUUUCAAGUUUGGCAGUUUUGACCUUAGAUGGACACUAUAGGCACCCAGACCACUUCAGCUCAUUGAAGUGGUCUGGGUGCAUAGUCCCAGGUCCCUUAACCCUGGAGAGGUAAUUAUUGCAAUUUUCGAUAAACUGCAAUAAUUACCUUUGUGGGUUAACUCCACCUCUAGUGGUUGUCUACCAGACAGCCACUAGAGGGACUUCAGGGUCGUUAGGCAAGUUUUGGUCUCCUAACUGACGCUGGACAGUGUCACCCGAAACCUCUUAGUAAAGCAUGGUAUAAUGCUUUCCUAUGGGGCUGUUCGAACGCGAAUGCGGCCACUGCCAUGCAUGCACAUUAAAUCUUCCCCGCAGGGCUGAUGUCCGCAGGGAUGGAGGGAAGGUGGGCCAUGAGCCAGCGCCUAGGGACAUCUCAAUUUCAGAAUGCCGCUGGGGGAACCGCAGAACCGGCACUGGAGGUAGACUUUGGGGUUAAAGCGUUCAAGAACGGUUUAACCCCUUAAGGUAAGAAAGCACCUGAAGGCCUACUGGUACCGUAAGAACUUUAUUUUGAUGUUGGUAACCAGAGUGUUCCUUUAAAUAUGUCUUGCAACCUUACUGAUGCAAAAAGAAAGCACUGGCUCUGUUACAGUACAUCAGUGGUGUAGGUUAUGAUUUUUCUGUAUGGUAUAGUAAUUACAGACUCAAAUAUUUUUAUCCCCUGAAUUUUAGUUCAGUGCAAGCUUUUUGGGCCACGUCUAUUAAUAUGGAAAGUUACACAUCGAAAUGUCAAAUACCAAAUACCUUUUCUGCUGUCUUUCUGUGACAAGUCUAUGGGAUGAACUAUUAGGCUUCAAUGAAAUUCUGAUAUGCUCAUGGCCGCUUACUAAGGCAGUUUUAAUUAAAUUCUGUUUGCUGAGCAUCUCUGAAUCCCGUAUUGAGUUCCCAUUGACUUCUUUAAAAAAUUGUGGGUAUGCAAUAAUCAUUUUAUGAAAGUUCAAAUUUUAAGAGAAGUCAGCACUUUUAUAAUUUCCCUCAGCAGCAGUGAGUGCUUCUCCUAGAGAAUCAUUGGCUUAACAUCUUCUCUUUGAGAAUCAUUGUUGGUGUAUCUGAGUCUUUCUCUUAGAGAAGCAUUGGUUUAACAUCUUCUCUGUGAGAAUCAUUGGGUGUAUCGGAGUGUUUCUCCUGGAGAAGCAUUGGUUUAACAUCUUCUCUGUGAGAAUCAUUGGGUGUAUCGGAGUGUUUCUCCUGGAGAAGCACUGGUUUAACAUCUUCUCUGUGAGAAUCAUUGUUGGUGUAUCUGAGUGUUUCUCCUAGAGAAGCAUUGGUUUAACAUCUUCUCUGUGAGAAUCAUUGUUGGUGUAUCUGAGUGUUUCUCCUAGAGAAGCAUUGGUUUAACAUCUUCUCUGUGAGAAUCAUUGUUGGUGUAUCUGAGUGUUUCUCCUAGAGAAGCAUUGGUUCUCUGUGAGAAUCAUUGUUGGUGUAUCUGAGUGUUUCUCCUAGAGAAGCAUUGGUUCAACAUCUUCUCUGUGAGAAUCAUUGUUGGUGUAUCUGAGUGUUUCUCCUAGAGAAGCGUUGGUUUAACAUCUUCUCUGUGAGAAUCAUUGUUGGUGUAUCUGAGUGUUUCUCCUAGAGAAGCGUUGGUUUAACAUCUUCUCUGUGAGAAUCAUUGUUGGUGUAUCUGAGUGUUUCUCCUAGAGAAGCAUUGGUUUAACAUCUUCUCUGUGAGAAUCAUUGUUGCUGUAUCUGAGUGUUUCUCCUAGAGAAGCAUUGGUUUAACAUCUUCUCUGUGAGAAUCAUUGUUGGUGUAUCUGAGUGUUUCUCCUAUAGAAGCAUUGGUUUAACAUCUUCUCUGUGAGAAUCAUUGUUGGUGGAUCUGAGUGUUUCUCCUGGAGAAGCAUUGGUUCUCUGUGAGAAUCAUUGUUGGUGUAUCUGAGUGUUUCUCCUAGAGAAGCAUUGGUUUAACAUCUUCUCUGUGAGAAUCAUUGUUGGUGUAUCUGAGUGUUUCUCUGUGAAUGUUGGAGUGUUCCUGAAAUUACAAGACUAAACUCAAAUCAAAUGACUCCCACCUUUCCAUGCCGAGUCCUCCCAUAUAGAGUUACGGUAUGCUUUCUUUACAUUUGUUUCAAUCCUUUUGAACAGACUCUUGCUUUGUUUGCAGGAGGAUAUAUUGGUCAUGUCUUUUUUCAGCACUCAGGAGCAUGGACUGCUGCUUCAGGAGAGCUUCCCGCGUCCCGAUGUCCUCCAGUCCCUUCUUGGCAUUGAAGUUCCAAACUAUUACUUUACUAAGAAGGUUAGCAUUAAUCCGCCUGUUCCACUCGCUGUGUUGGCACACUACUGCCAUAGAAUUGUGUGGUGGAAUGUAGAGAUUUUAUUAACAUAUUGUCACACAGCUGCCAUGACGUGAUGAAACCUUUAUUCCCAAAGUUAAUGUGUUUACCUAUGCCAUUUAUUUGAUCAUCUUUCAAUGUGUAAAUGACGCAACUAGUUUUUUAAUAUGGGAGAGAAAUCUGUAACUGUUUUCCAUCCUCCAGGUUAUAGUACAUACAGCUCUGGUUACAAGCCAAAUGUGCCUGCGCGAGCACUCCUUGGGCGUUAUAGAAACAUUUGGAAGUUAUUUUUUGUAUCAACAUUCUGUUGUUUUCUUUGUUUUUUGAAUUUCAUUAAAGGAAGACUAUACUGUUAAGAAUACGAACAUGGGCAAGGGAAGGGGGUACUGUAGGAUUCUAUAGUGCCAGGAAACCGGCUUUUUUGUUCUAAUAAGUCAGUUUAGCUAAAACUGUGUAAAUCUCUCUGCUAGGGUUUCAUGCUUAUAUAAUAUUUAUACAUUUCCAAAUGAAGGUAUAACCCAGCCCACCCCUCCAUCCCCCCAAAUAAAAAUGUAAAAACAGUAGAUGUGCCUUUUCGGUCAUUGAAGUUUGUCUUUGCUAUUUAAAAAACAAUUAUAAAUGUAACUUCCUGCCCUUGGGAGAUCUUUCUAUCUGUUCUAUCAGUGUGUAUGUGUGUGUCAGCAUUCUAAAUAAAGAUAUCUUAUCGCCAAUCAGUAGGAAAGAUGAUGGGCAGAAUUCCCCUUCCUAUUGGCUGCACAAGGUUCUGCUGGUAUUCUAACCCAGGUCUGCAUUUUUCAAAUGGUUGUUUGUAUUCACAUGUAUAAAACCUAUCAUAUAAUGUUUAUUUUCUAGAUGACCGUAGCAUCACCGAGUAACAUACUACGUGACCUGGACAGGGUGCUACCAACAGUGCUUGCCUUUAUCUAGCUCGGAUCAUGUAGUUUUCAAGGAUACCUGCUGUAUUCAUGAUAUACUCGAUUGCUUCCUUACAUAUCAUAAUUCCAUGCUUUCUUUGGUCCCAUCAAUGUAUGCCUUAUUGUUUUCAUUUAUUAUAUUACUAUUCGUUUAUAUGUUUGCUGCUUUUCCUUGUGCAUGUUUUUUUUUUUUUUUGUUAUUUUGAUUUAUUAUUAUUUAUUUUUUUGUUGCUUUUUUUUUUUCCGUCUGCCUUCAGUUGUUGUAUCGGAGGGGCUGUGCUUAUCAGCCUGUUGUAAGUAUGUUUGCCAUUCAUACACGGCUUCCCUGCAUGUUUCCACAGCCAGUGUAAUAAGUAAUGAUGUAAUCCGUAUACUAAUUGAAAACCUACAUUUUCAUUAAACUGAAUAUUUGCCGGUUUUGCCAGGAAGUAAAGAAUUACGACCAAAUAAGCCAUCUGUAAAAUAAGAACUUCCUGCUCCUUUAGAUGACAUAUUGAUUGCUUCCUAGUUAGUCUUAGUAAUAGUAUUACAAUGUAGUGUUCUAGAUUUGUAGGAACAGUUAUCAUACCUGAUACCCAUUUCCUGGAUGCAAUAACAAUUUAAUCACAAAUGCAACACAUGUCAGCUUUAAUUCCUGGAUGCAAUAACAAUUUAAUCACAAAUGCAACACAUAUCAGCUUUAAAGGAACAUUAAAACAUUAGAAAUACCAACCUGUUUUGCUAACGCUAUAAGACCCCUGUUCCUAGCUAAAUACAGGUGUCGCCCCACACAGCCUUUGCCAUAAUAAUGAAUUAAAUCAAUUAUUUACUUACCUUUUCCAGUGCAGAGACUCAUGUCAUGGAGGAGGUAUGGCCUGUCCCACAAUGGUCCAAUCCAAUGCUCUCAACAGAGGAACAUUGGGGACCUGAUACGCAUAUCCAGUGAGCAAUAUUUGCACGUCCAAGCUUCCCCAUAAAAUAGCAUUGUAUAUAACCCUGUAUUUACUAUGUAUUACAAUGCAGGAUUAAAAGGACAGUGUCACUGCACCUAGACCACCAGAUCUGUGCUUUAUCUCAGAUGUUUUAUAUAAAAGACAAAAUAAAUAGUUAACAGCAUGCCUCUCUGAUCUGAGGAAUGAAGCUGGAGCAAAAAAUAAAAUGUUGCUCAAAACACAGAUUCUGGUUGAUAAUCUCAAUGCUACCUGUUCUGCUUUCCUCCAUGCACUGUCCGUUGGUUAAUUAUAGACCAUCCAUCGUUACCCACGAGCCCCCUCCAGCAGAGGUAAUUUGAGAAGUAGACAUAAAAAAGCAAUAAAUGAUGUGGUAUACCUAAUGAAGGAAGUGAAGAACUAUUAAUUACUGCUGCGUGACACGGAAGAGAUUUUGGACAGCAACAGAAGCAAAUCACCCAUAAUUUGAUCUUUGAAGUAAUGGUUUCAAAAUGAAUUCUAUCAUUCUCAGACGUUUUCUGUCUCAUAUCUUGCAGCCUGGGGAAGAGGAGAUGUCUGCUGAGGUAGAAAGUGUGACACCGCGAAUCCCCCAGAUGGUGUCAAAAAGACCCCUGCGUGACUUUAUUGGGCUCGAAGAGUGUGAUAAGACCACACGGGAAGCCAUGCUUAAUUUCAGUUUCUUCCUUACUGUAGGAGAUAUGGAUGAAGCGUUUAAAUCUAUCAAACUCAUCAAAAGGUAG